AUGAAACUGAAAAAAAUUGCAAGUGCUAAUGUGCUUUUUGGUUGUUUUAACAGUGUGUUCUUUGUAUGUGGUUUUGCACAAGUGGUGUGCGGCUUCUUUCUACUAUGCGACACUCGAAGAAUUCUACUUUCGCGUUUAUUAGCAACACCAGAAGAUGGCUUGGAAGAGCCACCAUUUUAUUACGUAGCAUUGGCUUUGCUUGCGUCUGGUCUCACGAUUUGCACGUUAGCGUCUUUGGGCGUCUGGGCUACUUGUAUGCCGGGAUAUAUUGUGCUAACAUUCUAUUUUCUAGUUGUGUUAUCCUUACUUCUCUGUGAUUGCACGGCCGGAGUUAUUUCAGCGAUUUGGCCUAGAUGUUUUGGCAUUCAGAAUACGCGAGGUGGAUCUGUUGGAGCUUUGCAGGGUUACUAUGGAGUUCCUGACUAUGAAGAUUUCACCACUGCCGUGGAUCUUGCUCAAACUGAGUUAAAAUGUUGCGGCAUGACAAGCGCCCGAAACUACGACAUGUCGAUAUGGCAGUUGCGGCGUUUGGGCCCACGCGGUAUGUCUGUUCCGUUGAGCUGCUGCGUGCAAGGCGAAGAGGAGUCCUACCUCAAUCCGGCGCCUGUUAACCAGUCCAGGUGUCAGGAGGUUACGCCAAAUGCCCAGUUUAGAUAUGUGCCGGGAUGUCUGAUGAAGUUAGAAGAUUGGUAUCAAGAUCAAUAUUUCAUAUUGAUGAUUGCACUUUUUGUCGGCGCUAUCUUCAAAUUGGGGAUUCUACUUACCACAGUCUUCUCUUGCAUUCAACUCAGGAAACAUCGCCGAGUCAAAAUGUUCGUAAAUGAUAAAAAGGAAAACAUUUAUGAACGCACUGACGAGCCGAUAACGACGAAAUACAUACAGCCUAAUAACUUCUACAGUCCCCGGGUGAGGAACCCAAGACUUUUUCAUACAAAACCCAACGAAAUGGUCUGA